AUGACUGGUGCCGGCAUCACGACUGUCGAGCUGCAGUCGCUGCCCCUCGUGGCCAGCGGCAAAGUACGCGAGCUGUACAAGAUUAAUGACUCGUCGCUGCUCAUGGCCGUGACCGACCGCAUCUCGGCCUAUGAUGAGAUUCUCUCCAACGGCGUUCCUGACAAGGGCCAUAUCCUUUGCCAAAUGUCUUCGCAUUGGUUUGACGUCCUCCGCGAGCGCGUCCCCGAGCUCAAGCACCACGUUAUCAGCAUGCGCCCUCCCACAGCCCCAGAGGUCAUCACUGCGGAAGAGCGCACACUUCUCCGCGGUCGUUGCAUGCAAAUCCGCUCCCUCAAAGUCUUUCCGAUCGAGGCGAUCGUCCGUGGUUACAUUACGGGUUCCGCAUGGAGCGAAUACUCCAAGAGCGGAACCGUCCACGGAAUCGCCAUGCCCGAGGGACUGCAGCUCUGCCAGGAAUUCCCCGGCGGCCCUAUCUACACUCCCUCGACAAAGGCCCCUGCCGGCGAAAAGGACGAAAACAUCUCGCCCGCCCAGGCGCGCAAGAUUAUCGGCGACAAAUAUGCCGACCAGAUUGAGGCCCUCGCCCUCAAAGUCUACAAGGCUGCGCAUGCGUACGCGCUAGAACGCGGAAUUGUUAUUGCCGACACUAAAAUGGAGUUUGGUCUCGAUGUGGCAACGGACGAAAUUAUCCUUGUCGACGAGGUCCUGACGCCCGACUGCUCUCGCUUCUGGCCCGCUCCAGUGCAGGUGGGCAAGGACCAGCCAAGCUACGACAAGCAGUAUAUUCGAGACUACCUGACCGCCAACGGUCUCAAGGGCAAGCCUGGUGUUGUUCUUCCUGACAAUGUCGUCGCCGAGACGACAAGUAAGUACAGGGAAGUAUUCCAAAAGCUCACUGGUAAAACAAUUGACCAGGCUUUAAGUGGACUGGACAACUAA